UAAGGUACGCUCACGCAAAUCCGGAGUAGAAGUUGUCUCAGUCCACCGCGCUACAUUCUAUUCCAAGCAUUUCACAAUCUGCUUUUUCUUCGACUGCGACACUGCUGGGUGUGUCUGGGUGGAGAAAGAUUGGAUCUUGGAGUCUGAUCGAUGCGCGAAGAUGGUGAAGAAUUUGAUGGAGGACAAGAAGCUCGACUUCGACGCCCCGCUCCUCUCCGUCCGGCGACUCUCUGCUGAAGCGGCGGCAGCGGCGGCGGCGGCGGCUUCUUCUUCUUCUUCGGUUCCACCCGCUUAUGGGAGUGGAGAGAGCGGCAGGAAGCCACCGCCGCGUAGAUUCUCGCUCCCUUUCUACAGGUCGGAGUUGAAGUCCGGCCCUGUGUGCAACCCCGGCGUCGUCCCCUUCGUCUGGGAGCAGACGCCCGGCCAGCCGAAGAGUGGUGGCGGCAGGCAACCGACGGUCAAGGAGCUGCAUUCUUCACGGGAAGCCACGGCGCCGCCCGCGAAGCUCGGCAGUAGUAUCGGGAUUCAUAAAUCCGCCGCCUUCAAUCCCAGUGAAGGCGCCGCAGCAUCCCCUGAAGCGGCCAAGGAGGAGGACUUGAAGGCGGACAAUAGGUCACAGCAGCAGCCGACUCAGGCGCCCAACAACACAAACAACAACGACGACGAUGACGACGACGGCGACGUAUUCACGGACGCGCCGGACGCGCUGUCGAGGACGGAAUCCUUCCUCAUGAACUGCAGCGUGAGCGGCCUCAGUAGUUUCCGCGAACACGUCAAGCCUUCGACCCACGCCUCGAGAGAGCCGCAGGUGCAGGACUUCAUGAUGGCAAGGUUCUUGCCCGCCGCCCAGGCGCUGGCGUCGGGCUCGCCGCAGUACACCUUCAGGAAAGCGGCUACUCCAGCCCGAGAGCCAACGAGGGCGACCGACAGGCUUGUGAGCGAGAAUCUAAGAAGGUCUCCUCUCCUCCACCAUCGAAGGCCGUCGCAUAGCACUGACGACGACGGUGAAGAAGACGAUGAUGACUACGACAACCAUGGCCGAACGCCUUCGGGAGCUUGCGGGUUGCUUCCAAAGUUCUCUCUGAAGAGCUCAUUUUGCCUCUUCAAUCCGUUCCCCGGGAUGAAGCAUCGCGGCCGUCAUCUGCCUCCGCCGAGGAGAAGAGAAAUCCAUCGCCCACAGAUCAAAAACUCGAGUCAAGAAGAAGAUGAAGGCACCAAACUAACAAGCAAACCCAACCGUCGGGGCGAUUCGCCGACAGCCCAGCAUUCUAUCGGUGGAGCAGUUUCACCUUACAGGUACGAAGCUCCUCCAUCACCUUUCCGCGAAGGGAGAGGUUUUCUUGGAGUUCCCGGCAAAGAAAGCAACACUACCAACAUCGAAGAUGGAAGCCGGCUAGAUUUGAAGAAAACGCAUGCCGAUGUUGCUCACCAUCCUGAAGCAGAAGACUCGGACAUGAACAGUGUUAGUCCCCUGCAGUCUCCUCUGCCAUUACUGCCUCCUCAAUCACCAUCAGAGUCCUGGCUUCUCCACACCAUGCCUUCCGUCUCAUCCAAGAAGAAUCCAACUCCAUGGUCCUUUUUGGGGCUUGGCUUACAGCCUAGGAAACAAGCUCUCACUCAUCUGGAGCAGAAAACAAAUGCCGAACCUUCCAAGCCACAGCGUCGCCAUGCGCGCUUUGCAGAGUAGGUUUUUGUAAGGCCUGCAUCUCCAAAGUCUGAAAUAUGAGAUGCGAAUUCAUUCCUCGGCCUGUAGUUCUCUCUCUCUAACAGUUGCUUGGGGUCAUCCAAUGAAGAUGAUGCACUGGAGACAAGCAGACAUUGGAUUCAAUUGAGUUGCAGUGUAGCUGACUGCAUCAUUCCUCCAAGCAAGAUUGAAGGAAGAUGAUGCACUGAAGACGGGCAGAAUGUAUGG